CUUCGUGUUCCAUUGGACCAUUUGGCACUCCUUAAACCUCAGGCGAAGAGUUAAACCUUCCCAAUCCCAGUUCCGAUCUCGGAGGCGAACUCCAGAUUCUUCUCCGGCGAGAGUAUGCAGAUGCCAACCUCACUCCGAGCACCCACCUGGGUCACCGACCGAAGCCUCCUCGACCAGAAAUUCUCCGACCUUCACAAAUGCAGAGACGUAAAUCACCUGAAGCAACUCCACGCUAUCGUCUACAGAUUCAAUCUCCACCAGGACCCUUUCGUCGCGACGAAGCUCGUCGCCGCCUUCUCCCUCUGCAGCCACAUCGAGCUGGCCGUCAGGAUUUUCAGUCAAGUUGAAAAACCCAGCGUGCACCUGUACAACGCCGCGAUCAAAGCCUGUGCUGUUGAUUCCCGGCCAUCGGAGGCAUUCUAUGUCUUCUCGCAGAUGCAGUGCCGCGGCGUUCCCCCGGACAAUCUCACUUACUCUUAUCUUUUGAAGCUCUGUUCGGACGAAUUGUGGUUGAAUACUGUGAGGACGAUCCACGCCCUUUUCGAGAAGAAACGGUUUGAUUCGGAUCCCAUUUUGUGCAAUUCCUUGAUUGACGCGUACUCCAGGUGCGGGAUUUGUUCUGCUAAGAGGCUGUUUUGGGGAAUGGAUCGUAGAGAUGUGGUCUCAUGGAACUCCAUGAUUGGGGGAUUUCUGAAAGCUGGAGAUUUGAGUGAAGCCCGGAAACUGUUCGACGUAAUGCCUGAGAGAGACACAGUGAGUUGGAACACCAUGUUGGAUGGGUGCGUGAAGGGCGGACAAAUGAAUCUCGCAUAUGAACUGUUUGAUAAAAUGCCCUGCAGAGAUGUCGUAUCGUGGUCGACCAUGAUUUCUGGGUAUUGCAAAGCAGGGGAUCUUGAGAUGGCCCGCGCCUUCUUCGACAAGAUGCCUUCGAAGAACGAGGUCACCUGGACAAUCAUGAUAACUGGUUAUGCUGAAAUGGGGCUGGCGAAGGAAGCCGUGGAAUUGUACGCACAAUUGGAAAAAUCCGGUUUGAGUUUGGAUCCUAGAGUGUUUGUGAGCAUCCUAGCUGCAUGUGCAGAUUCCCGAAUGCUCGGGUUGGGUAAAAAAGUUCAUCGUUCCAUCAAAAAGAGUUGUUUUAAUAACACUAAUUCUAACACUCGGGUUCGCAAUGCUUUGAUUGAUAUGUAUGCCAAGUGUGGAAGCUUGAGCAAGGCGCUCAUCGUGUUCAACAACACCAUCAAGAAAGACUUGGUGUCAUGGAACUCCAUGAUCCAUGGGCUCGCCGUCCAUGGACAUGGGAAAAAGGCCCUAGAGCUUUUCUCCGUGAUGGAAAACGAAGGCUUCGUCCCAAACGAAGUUACAUUUGUUGCCCUUUUGUCGGCGUGUAGCCACGCUAGUUUGGUGGACGAAGGCCUCUCUAUUUUCAACUCAUUGAGGAGCCGUUACGGCGUCGUGCCCCAAGUCCAGCACUUCGGGUGCAUGAUUGAUCUCUUAGGCCGUGGUGGGCAUCUCAAAGACGCUUUCGCCCUUGCUCUCAACAUGCCCAUGGAACCAAACAUCAAAAUCUGGCAUUCCCUUCUCGGGGCGUGCCAAAUGCACAAUGAUGUAGGGUUCCCACCACACGUGCGCGAGUAUCUAGCCGAGUUUGGGAGGGGUGUGACUUCGGAUGCCAGAUUGGCAAUAGACAUUGGCUUGGAAAAACCAUGUGGUGUGGGUUCUAUAGAGUUGAUGGAGAGUGAUCAUCCUAAAUCAGCAGAGCAAAUUGGCAAACCAAUUAAAGUUAACAAAGACUACUUGACAAAUGCUAUGUGCACUCUCUCUGUUAGAGAGUACAAUGGGGUUGCACUCCCAAAAUAUCAUUCUGUUGCAUGUGCAGGUUCCGGUCUCGGAGGUAAGUCCAGAAGCUUCUCCGGCGAGAGUAUGCAGAUGCCAACCUCCCUCCGAGCGCCCGCCCGGGUCUCCGACCGAAGCCUCCUCGACCGGAAAUUCUCCGACCUUCACAAAUGCAGAGACGUAAAUCACCUGAAGCAACUCCACGCCAUCGUCUACAGAUUCAAUCUCCACCAGGAGGACCCUUUCGUCGCGACGAAGCUCGUCGCCGCCUUCAGAUGAUAUAUGGGCUGAGCCAACAUCUUAGACAGCUAGCCCCUUCACACAAAAACGAAAUUUAUAAAAAGUUCUGAAUGAUUUUUGAAAAUGUGGUGUAUAUAUAGAUGGUUUUAAACCGGUUCAAAUAUUUCAAUCAAAGAAUUGAAGUUGAUCUUAAUACAAAGUUAUGGAGUAUUAAAAUUCACAAAAAUUAACUUUGGUGUGCAAUAUAAAACUCAUUUGGAGUGAAUAAUACUCUAGACCAUAG